GUUCAAAGUCAGCUUGAUUAUCUAAGAUAUUGCGGAACGGGCUCCUCUGGCACUACAGCACCUUCCCACUCACCGUCAAGACACCCGUGUAGCAUGUAAGUGUUGCUGUUCCGCAUAUUCGUCUUAGCACGACUGGUUGGAUGUGAUUCAAACUGGAAGGAUUGGUGGAAUUUGAGUGGUCGGGGUGGAUGCUAUCCGAUUACUUUGGAUGUGAUUCUGUAAUACGGGCACUGAUUUCAACUCCAGAUCACAACAAUGGGUCGUCGUCCCGCCCGCUGCUACCGUUACUGCAAGAACAAGCCCUACCCAAAAUCACGGUACAACCGUGGUGUCCCUGAUCCUAAAAUCAGGAUCUUUGACCUCGGCCGUAAACGUGCCUCUGUCGACGAGUUCCCCUUCUGCUGUCAUCUUGUCUCUGAUGAAUAUGAGCAGUUGAGCUCUGAGGCGCUCGAGGCAGCUCGUAUUUGCGCCAACAAGUACGUCACCAAGACAUCUGGCAAGGAUUCGUUCCACAUGCGCGUCCGUGUGCACCCAUUUCACGUCAUUCGCAUCAACAAGAUGUUGAGUUGUGCCGGCGCUGAUCGGCUACAAACCGGUAUGCGUGGUGCUUGGGGUAAACCCUACGGCACUGUCGCCCGUGUCAACAUCGGCCAGAUCAUCCUCUCUAUCCGUUGCAAGGAAUCAAAUGCUGCUGUCAUCCAAGAGGCUCUCCGCCGUGCACGGUACAAAUUCCCCGGCCGUCAGAAAAUCAUUGUCUCGAAGAAGUGGGGCUUCACAAAUGUGGCUCGUGAAGACUACAUGAAGUUGAAGGAGGAGAAGAGAGUGUUGCAGGAUGGAGCUUAUGUUCAGUUUAUUCGUGCUAGAGGCCCCUUGGAGCAGAACUUGCGCGCUCAGCUCAAAGCUUAGGUCUAUACUCAUUAUGCAUAUAAUUACUCCCAGUGGAACGCUAGUGUAAGGACUGCAAGUGCUUGCAUGCUGGGAAUUUGUCACUUUGUGCAAGGUAACAUAUAGCUGCGUGUCAUUCGUCAGUUCACCACACCGAUCUGGAUCGAGCGAUUUACCAUCCACGUGUUGAAAGGGUAUCUCCUUCACAUCAUGGUCUGCCUUCAGAGACUUCACUGAUGCUCGCUUGAAUGUGGCACCACACUUAAACUUAUAUUAUUGGCAGUUUCGGAUACAUUUUAACGUGGAGAAUGGUGUCGUCCUUGGCUUUCGCUUCGUAAUCGUAUAUGCAAUAGACAGUAC